GGCUGUCAGCAGAGGUCGCAACAGAUUCUUUGAUUGAAGGCAGUAACAGCAAGUGUUCAAAUUCCAGCCGUUUUACUUUCCAUUGAUCAUCUGGAUCAAAAUAUCUCCGUAAUGAGCAAUUCCGCUACACAUCCCCCUUUCAAAGUGAUCAUUGUUGGCGGGGGCCUCGCUGGCAGCCUUUUGGCCAACGGGCUAGCUCAACACAAUGUCGAAUUCGAGGUUUAUGAAAGACAAGAGAAGAACUCCAAGAGAGAAGGUUAUCAGAUCCGCUUAGGCGAAGCUACAUUCAUAGGCAUGAGGGCAUGCCUUGACCAGGACCAUAUCGACUCCAUCUUCAAGCACUUUGGCAGGUCAGCAUCACAGGCACCGAUUCUGUACGACAAGCACUUCCGCAAGAUGUUCGAACCAGGCAGAGACCCGAAUUAUACACAAUCCUCACCUAUCAGCCGCGUCGUCCUCCAGGAUAUUCUUCGCGAGCCGCUCAACAGAAUGGGCAAGAUUCACUAUCAAAAGAGAUUCGAGAGCUGUAUGAUUCGUCCAGAUUUCGGCCGCGAUGUAGUCGAGGUGAAUUUCGAUGAUGGCACCUCCGAUGUCUGCGACAUUUUGAUCGCUGCUGAUGGCAAUAACUCGCAGAUCAAUAAACUCCUAGGACUGAACAACAUUGAGGAGUUGACCUCUUUUAGGUCGUUUUUAACUAGAUGCGAUCUUCCAUUGUCCGUCUGCCGCCGGCUAUCACCAGAUCUCAGUUCGCCCAUAGCGACCUUACACGAUGGCAAGACGUUGUAUUUCCAAGUCUACUUGCCUGGUGAUAUGACAGCUCGUCUUGGAAAUGUGGAUGCAGACAAUGACGAAGAGCUAGCGUCGUGCAUGCUCGGUGUUGGAUUCUUUGUCAACCGCAUGAUAACCUCACGCAGCUUUGAAUCUUUGUCUCAAGCAGAAAAGUGGGAUGCUGUUGACCAUCUCUUUGAGGACUGGUCUCCGAAACAUCAAGACAUAAUUGGAGUCUUCAGGGGUCAAGAGAUGUACUAUGGAGCACCACGAGUGUCCUCCCGUCCGUCGAUGAAUUGGCGCAAAUCAGUUGUAUCAGCUGAUGACAAACGGCUUGGAAAUCCGCACAUAUGGCUCAUAGGGGACUCUUUGCACUCAAUGUUUCCUUCGAGGGGAAUGGGCGGCAAUCAAGCCAUGCGAGAUACUGCCGAUGCCUUACCUUUACUAGUCCGAUUAGCAGAGACAGCAAGAACUACGAACGGAGUGAAAGAGGACGACAUAACACAGGCUUGUGACAAGUAUGAAGGGGCUGUCAUACCUCGGGCCUUUGAAUGGGUGAAGAGGAGCGGGGGCAAGAAUCCAAUGAUGAUUGACACUUCUAGAGUCACCGACCGGACUGUUCUUUACAUGUUGUCAUAUGCUGUGACAGCGCGAAGAUUGUGGCUUUGGUUGCGUUCGUGGAUGACCCGCAUGGUGUUCGGUGUGAGACGCCAGUGAUAACAUCAAAUGCAGUUUCCUGCUGGCUAAUCAGGGACAAAGAAGGAAGUAAAUAACGUGGAGUUCCAC